ACAGUGAUGGUGUCUUUGCGUGUUGCCGAUGACAAGCCGGCGAGAAUGAAGGCAAGGAGAAGACUGUGAAGCACCAUAGCCGGCUUCACGCAUACACUGGCUGAAAGAGAGAUGCAGAGGUUUAAAAGAGCCACGAAGUGUUUAAAGCGAGUAAGUUUCUCUUUGUCUCGAAGAUUUGACCUCCGCGAAGCAGCUUGACUUACUUUGAUCUCGCAAAUAACAAUUCGAAGCAUGUUUUUAUAAUCGCUGGAAGCUCGCGAUGUUCGGACAAAGAAAUAAAACCAUGCAGGGAGGGAAGCAAGAAAACAUCCGCAAGAAUCGCCCGAAAGAAUCUGAAUUGGAAGGCGCGGCGCGGCAUUAAAAAUGAAACCAGCAGCGUUUUCAGAGAUCCUGAUCGGAUACGGGACACGAUUGCUUGUUUAAGCUUGACCGACGCAGCUAUGGCUGGAUUCAUUCGCUCGCUUUGGAUCUCAUAAAUGCGCAGCUUGAAACAGUCUUGAUCGAGCGCGGAGAAAAGAAACGCGAAAAAAGAACUAUAACGGAACUUACGAGCUAUGGCUGCUGCUUGGAAGAAGCUCGGCUAUGGUGGUGUGGCAUUAAAUGUGGGGAGUUUCUCUUCCUUUUUUUUUGAAUUUGCCAUAUUCCAAAUCAAAUCUCCUGGAAACCAACCCAUUGAAUUCACCCAACACCAUAGCCGCGAUCAUGGAAGAAGCAAUCGUGGAGCGCUGUGAUUGCUGCCUUGAUCCGUGUUAAUCGGAAGAAGCGCAAGAGAAAGGAAGAGGGUGAGAAAGAGAGUAGGCAAGGCUAGAGGAGGAUUUGUCACGGCAGUGUGGUAUGCGUGAUCGAUCGAGCUAUCGAUCGAUCGCUCACGCACAACAUUUGAUUCAAACGGCGAUGGCAUUAUCAGAGAGAGAUCGAAUCUGGGCAGGAUUUCUCGGAAGAAAAUCCCAUAAACACUGCCGCAUCCAUCGAUUGUCGGAUGAGGGCACAGCUGCGAUCCUCAUGGCGAUGGCGACGCCGCCCCGAUCAUGAGGUAUCGGUAGUAUAUCGUUCUUGGGCGGGAUCGAGGAAGAACAAAGAAGAAGAGAGAAAGAGAGAUGGUGGGCGGUGGAUUCCCAGCGGGGAUCGGUGCUAGAUCGAUCGUGGGUAGGCAGGAAUCGAGGAAGGAGAUGAUGGGUCCGCGGCGGCUGUGAGAAAGAGAGAUCGAUCGAUCCAUGGGCGAGCCGGCGGCGGGAGGAGAAGAGGAUGCUUACUGGGGACGCUUGUGCCAAUCCAUGGCCUCCCGCUGCUUGGAAUGUAGCUCGCUGGGCAUGAGAGGCGAUCCCAUGGGUGUUCUUCGCAUUAGCAGCUCCAGCCACCAGUUCUACGAGAGUGAUUCCACGCCGGAUAGUCCCCGCCUCUCCACGAUCAACGCGACGAUCUCCAGCCACUUCUCUGGGAAUCUUUCGGCAGAUUUGAAUGGGCUGGAGAGCGGCGCCGCGCGAGAGAACCAGGGAAAUGGAAACGAAGAAGCGCCAUCGCCGCCCCGGCCGCCACCGCCGCCACCGCCGCCGCCGCCACCUUUGAGAAGAUUUUCUCUGGAGAUCUUGCGCGAGUGGGCGAUGAAGCGAUCGCAUUGGCAGCAAGUAGCGAGCGAUCCCAUGCUCUUCCCUCGCAUCGCCCUCAUGGUGAUGCUGGUGUUGCUCGUGACUAUACUCACCGUGAGCGCGUGGUACGUUGCCUCGAGCCAGAUUCGACGAUCCAUCGCUCCUCUCGUUGCUUCUUUGCGAACCGAGGCUGCGUUUGACAUCGAGAAGCCGCUGGAUUUCGCUCUAAACUACACUUCCACUUCGGUGUCGCUUCUUUGUCGCCUCCUCUCGGCGUCCAACGCGAGCUUGACAUCCUCCCCUCCUCAGCUCAAGAGCUUGCUGUGGACUGGCUACUUCAUGAGGCCGGGCAGCAGCGCUGCCGGAUUCUUCACUCGGGAUCUCUCUUUCAUGGCCUUUGCCGACUCGAACUCCAGCAGGAGCGACGACGCCUACUUCUUCUCGUCCACUGGAAACUCGAACUCCACGCACCGAAAGUCGUGUGUCUCGCGGGACUCCUUUCGAUGGUUUCGCCAACUAGUUCAUCCGGUCACGGGGAAGGUCGAGCAAGCGCAGACGCCAUCGCCAUGCCUGUUCUACACCGCUCGCUCGUCUCUCUACCAGGCAGCUCUCAACGACACGAGUGGAAAGAUCUUCUGGGACAUCACGGCCGACUCGUCCGGGAGUUUGUCACUCUUGGGAAUGCAAGCCGUGAGAUCGAGCUCGAGAACCAGCGGCGUGGCUUUUGUGACGAGAUCUUUCGAGAACAUGAUGCGUCAAGUGGAUGCUUUCCAGCAGCAUAUGUUCCUCAUGACGGACGAUGGCCGCUUGGUCGGGAUAUAUGGAUCGAGCUACGCAGUCGGGGACGUGGAUCGAGCCAACUUUACGAUUCCACUCGCCAGGGACUCGAGCGACGCGCUGGUGGCGAGGAUAUCUUCGUUUUUGGAUCGAGUAAACUCGAGCUUGGCUUCGUCUCCUCGGCACUUUGAGAACGUUUUGGUGGAUGGCGUUCACUAUCACGUGAAUACGGUGCCAUUGUCAAGCAUUGGACAAAAUCUGGUUGCCGUGUUGAUCAUCUCGGUGAGGAGCUUGGAGAUUGGACUGGACGCUCGGCUGCACACUCUGGGGAUGAUUUUCCUCGGCAUUGCUCUCGCGACGGUGCUGAUGGGGUGCUGCCUCGUGGUGAUGCUCACAAAGGGAGUGAGCAUCUCCAUGAGAGUGGAGCAAUCCUACAUCGCACAGGUGAAAGCCACCAAGCUCGCCGAGAAACGGAGCAACCACAAGAAGCUCUUCUUCGCCAACAUGAGCCACGACCUCCGGACUCCUCUCGCUGCCAUCAUCGGCUUGAUCGAUCUGUGCCUGUCUCACAAGGAGCGCCUCUCGGUGGAGCUCGAGUCCAACAUGCUACAAAUGAAAACUUGCGCUACAACUCUUCUAGGGAUUCUAAACUCGAUUCUAGACAUGAGCAAGGCCGAGGUUGGCAAGCUGGAGCUGGAGGUGGCGGACUUCGACCUCAUCAAAGUCUUGGAGGAGGCAGUGGACAUCUUCGCGGUGGUAGGGGCCAAGAAAGGCAUCGAAGUGGUGCUGGAGCUGCCGGACGACAGCAUCGAGCUAGUGCGGUGGGUGCGAGGCGACGCUGGACGAGUGAAGCAGCUCCUGUGCGAUCUCCUCAGCAACGGUGUCAAGUUCACGAGCCGCGGCUACGUGAUUCUCCGAGCUUUUCCCAAGCAAUCCUCCUCGCAGAGCUGGGUGGCGAGCGCGAGCCGGCGGUCCGGCCGCUGGUUCCAGAAAACUUUCGUCAGCUGCUUGAGGACUAGCAGCAGCAGUAGCAACAGGUCCUCGCAGAUCCCGGCUCGAUCACAGGGCAGCAGCAGUGACACUCUCGAGUUCGAGUUCGAAGUGGACGACACCGGACAAGGAAUCCCGCAGUCGCGACGCGAGGCAGUGUUUCGAAACUUUGUCCAGGGGAGCUCCAAAGUCCACUGCACGUAUGGAGGAACCGGGCUGGGCCUAGCGAUCGUUCGCUCCCUGGUGCAUAUGAUGGGAGGCCAGAUCAAAGUCGCCAACAAAGACGGCCCAGGAACGCUCUUCAAGUUUAAUCUCCUCUUCCAGAAGGCGUCGAGCAGGGAUAUCCAGACUACACACUCGGGCUUGCGUCGCAACGGCUCGCACCAGCAAUCUUUCGGAGAAGAGAGCCAGCUCUUGGAAAACGCUGCCCGGGUUGACGGACUCGAGGGACAGAACCUCCAGGUGGUUUUGGCGAUGGCGGGCGAGCUUGGCCGGAAGUUUGUAUCCCUGUGGAUGCAAAACAAAGGAGCAGCACAGGUCUGCGAGGUCUCGCAGUGGCAGAGCAUCAUCCCGAGCCUGGAGCGAGCUCUCGCGGAUCGAACGAGCGUUUGCUCCGCGGACUCGUCACUGGAUAUCACCACCGAGAGCAACGCGAGAUCAUCGCCUUCGCCGCGAGGGAGGAGCGUGGUGUGCCUGGCGAUGCUGGAUACGGCGCUCUUCCCAGAAGGGAAUGCCUCCAUCACCACCAAGUUCCGGAUGGAGCUGGACGAGCUCGUCCGGAGCUCGCGAGGGAGUGGCAAGUGCGUGCACAUAAGCUGGAUCUUCUCGGCCGACACGACCAAUCUCGUGUGGCAGACGCUCCACAGCCGGAGCGAUCUCAUCGUCCACAAGCCCGUCCAUAGCUCGCGGCUGGCGGCGCUGGUGGAGGAGCUCCAGGGGCAGCACUUUGAGCACUUGGUGGCGGAGCAGCAGCGGUGGAGCAACGCCAAGAGGCCGAGCUGCGAGAAAAGAUCCUCCUUUUCUUCGCGGAGCCGGAGUGGAUCGGCGCAGGAGCUCUCCAGGCUGUCGCUGGAUCAGCACCAGCAACAGCGUGGGCUGGCGGAGGAGCGGCGGCGGAGUGGCGGCGAUGUGGAUGAGAGCGAGGAUGGUGACGCUGGGAAGGGGAGAAGUGGGAGCUUGGCGGAGCUGCGAAUCCUGGUGGUGGAGGACACGGUGCUGCUCCAAAAGGUGACCAAAGCGAUGCUGGAGCGAGAGGGAGCGAUCGUGGAGCUCGCUGCCAAUGGCGAGGAGGCUGUCAGCUCCAUCGCUGCGAGCUUGGCAGAUGAUCCAUGCAGUCCCGAUCCAGUGCAGCAAAAGCGGAGAAUGGAUCUAGUUCUCAUGGAUUGUCAGAUGCCUGUCAUGGAUGGCUAUGCCGCGACGGCUCGCAUACGCGAAUUGGAGGGUGGAUUGAGCAGCAAAGCCAGCGAAAACAGUGGUAGCGCUUGUCGAGUUCCCAUAAUUGCCCUCACGGCGCACGCCAUGGCCAGCGACGAGCAAAAGUGCAAAGGGGUUGGAAUGGACGCGUACCUGACCAAGCCAUUGAAUCUGGAGGAGCUGACGAAAACGAUGAAGGGCCUGGGAAUUCUAUCUUGAGGUUGCGCGCGGCGAAAGAGAGGGCGAGAGGAGGACGAAGGACAAACAAAGAACAAGAAGGGCAAACGACAGCGGUUGGAUCUGUGGCAUUAAUCCAAUCCCCGCCGUCAACUGUUUCGCGCGCCAAUCGGGGCCCAGUUGAAUCUCCGCCGUUGGAUGCGCGCUCCCGCCACUAGGCAGAAAUUUGAUCUAUGGCGGGCCAAUGGAAAGUGGACGCGUUGUGUUGACGCCGCAGGCCAAUGCGGCGGCGCCACGUGGUUCUGUUCUCAUCCAAAUGACUAGGGCUAGCGAAGGGGUCACAUUGGAAUGGAGAGGUGGCGGCGCGGCGGCGGCGUGGAGGAGGAGGAGCGGAGGCGAUGAGCGCGGCGCCGCUGGGAAAUCGCUGCCAAUGGGAUCGCCACCGGGAAGAAAUGGUUGCAAUCGCCAGGGGGCCAUAGGUGGUUAGGUUAUCUCUCUCUUUUUAUAUUCCUUUUCUCUUGAGUGGAUAUGGAUGCCGGAUCACACUCACACUACAGGGCGUGCUGGAAUGUCGCCUUUUCCUCAAUCGACACAGUGAUCGCACCGCUGGUGGGCGUGGAUUUGCAACACCACUUUGCGGUGCUGGACGGGUCAGCCCAGAUUCCAGUGUUUUGGCUGGGGAAGCUUUGCUUCAGCACCAUCAGCGAUAGCGUGCGCUCUCUCUCCGACAAUCUGUGCAAGACAAUGCGGCAGUGGAGCAUCAAUCUGCUCGUCCAGGUGCUGUUUAGCGGGAUGGUGAUGCUCAAUCCCCGGCUCAGCGAGGCCCAGCAAUUCCAGCUCUUGUCCGCCAUCACCCGGGCGCUCGAGCAGCUCUUCCUCCAGCACUGGCUGGACGAGAGGCUGAUGAAGGGAUUGAUCGCGCUGGCGUGCCCGGAUCGCGGCUCCCGGAUCCUCGUCACGUAUCUCGUCGAGGUUCUCAAGGGUCUAGCUUCCAGAUCAACGGCAGCAGUGGCUGGGGAGGGAGGAGAUUUGGAGUCGGAGUCACAGCAGCAGCAGCAGCGAGAAGAUCUCAAGGCCGCGAGAAUUCUCUGCCAGGAGUUUGGGAUCGAUCACAUGUACGUAGCGGCGAUGCCAGCGUCGGUGAGAAGGGCGGUGCUCGUCGCUCUCACGAGGGACAGGGACGAAGAUCUUGUAGGGUCGGCCAUCGCCCAGGAGCAGCGGAGAUUGAUGGCGUCGCCGGUUUGCUCCAUCACUCUGGAGCCAUUGCUGCUCCAAUCCAGUGGCAAGGUGAGCCUCGACGUGGUGGCGGUGAUCCAGAGCAGCAGCUCUAGAAGCGGUGGCGACGAUCAUGCGUUUCUUUACAGGGGCACGGCGCUGUACAAAUGGUUAGCGAAGCCGCAAGUUCCAAUCAGUCCGGAGACGAGGAGCGUCGUCACACCCAUGGACGUGUAUCGACUAUCUUGACACACACUAGGUAGGAUCCAAUCCAACUUUACCAACUUGCAGAGAGAGAGAGAGAGGACUAGGAAAGGCAAACAUUGUCAAACAAAGAUUUUUAGCUCCUGUAUACACGAACAGUGACACAAACCGUGAUUGUUUGCA